AUGGCGCGUCUAGUUUUUAUGUCAAAACGAGUGUGGUCUAAAUCCCAACAUGGUGUGUGGCGAUUCGAAGAUGAUCUUGCAGUAAUGCCUCAAUCAUUUCUUGUGCGGAGAAAUGAAGAAUAUCCAUCUCUGGAAAUGAAAGUUCGUAGUAUCUACAAUCUAGAACGUCAAGUACCACUUGUUGUAACGUUCCAGCUCCCACAAUGGAUGGUUGAGACGGAUGUUGAAACAGUCCCCCCCCCCCACAUCAUUCGGACAGACGAGGACAUUGACAUGCUACUCAGCGUUCACGAGUGGAACACAGACCCAAAAUUAUGUAUAGUGUUUGGUGCUCGAGAAGUUGCAAAGUACCACUACAUAUGCAUGAUUCCAUUUACUAUUGGUCGCCAGACCUAUCUUGGAGAAGGUGUCACCGAAGAACAGCAUCUUGCAAUGGUAAAUGCUAUAAUGACUGAAGGACAGAUUACAUGCAGUGAAGAAGUCAUUAAGUUUACUGGUUAUCUACCGAAGGAUCUUAACAUAGUAAACUCGGAUGACCAUCAAAUCCCCCAAUACCAAGUUCCAGUCGAGGUAUCUUCCACCGCCUCGUCAACUGAGCUGAACACCAGAGUUGAAAUAAGAGAUCUUAUUACCAACUCUACACUCGGAACAGAAUCAAAAUUUGGUAAUCUCAUCUCUGAGAAAGGUGAAAGUUCGAGAAGGGAAAAUGGAGAGGAAGUCAUAAAUGGUGAGAUGCAAGAUGCAACUGAUUUGACUACUCAGACUGCGCAGCGCAAUGCAGAUGGUGUGAGUGAUGGAAAUCGUUUUGGUGAACAGGGAGGAAAGUAA